AUGGCUGCAACUGAUGGAGUUGCGGCGGCCCUUCAGGUACAUUGGCGGCAGGAGGCGGUCGACGGUGGAGGAGCUAUCAGACCUAUUGGCGGCUGGAGGCGUUCGACGGUGGAGAGCACAAGCUCUUGUAAACCAUGUCUGCUCGGCUUUUGGCAGGGCCCGGCCACCGAGAAGCCUAGGAUGAGCACAGGCUUCGGGAUGAAAAAGCCCGAGCAUUUUUUCUGGGAUUUCUGUUUGACGUCAAAGACAACACAAAUGGAAUUUGACCACGACAAGAAAGAUCUACCGUCAUCUUUUUCCGAUUUUCUUCUGCUACGCCACAGAAGUCGAAUUGGUGUGCCUGUAAACCCAGCACUUGAUCUCAGUUGCUUCUCCAUGUAUCUCCGGUAUGUUUCAGGGAAAAGCUUAGAAUCAUUCACAAAGAACACGAAAGUGGGUGGUCUGAUAGCCGCCUAUAAAGAAAUGAAAAUAAAAUAUGGAAAAUCUUUUGUUAGGCAGCUAGAUGAAGUACUGUGA